AUGCCUCUGGUAAUGUGUGUUGUUGGUAAACCAUCUCAAGAUAAGUUGACAAAUAUGUAAGGGUUAAAUUUUGAACGGGUCAAUGAAAUUUUGUUCUUAGUUUUGGAAACAGAUUCAGAAUCAAGAAAUCAAAAGUUUUCGUCUACUACAUAAUAAGGAAAAGGAGUUAAAGGCUAAGAAAGCAAAAACUGAAGAGACUCACGGUGUUUUUUCUGAUGUCAAAAGACUCGCUCGACUGAGUUGACUUCAAAAAGUACUCUAUCGCUACUUUAUCUUGCUAAUAAGUGGUAGUAGUAAUGCAUUAAUUUAUUCUAUAGGCGAAGAGCAGAACUGGUUAUAUAAGAAAACACCCUGCACGAUAUACUAGCAGCUGGUAUUAAGAUUUUCUUACCGAGCUUGAAUAGAGUACUCCUUCCUCUAGACUGGCAUUCUAAUUUUCCUCGAAUCGAUUUGCUUUUAAUGACGCGAUUUGAUAAUGACGUCUCUUUUACGUCGGCACCGCUAAACAACUAGGUCUUUUAGCCCCUUACUUUAAUUUUCUUCCUUCUAAAUAAUAUCCUCAAGAAUUCUAGAUUGCUUGCUGAAAUGUAUUUGAUCCAGGUUAAAAAUCAUAUAAAAGUAAGCUUACACGAAGCAGUCAACUGUGAAUAAACGGAAACUAGUGCAUUUAAAUAAGUCGGAGACAAGUAGGUCGACACCGACCCUUAGAAAUAUUUCGUGGCUACUCGAAGGAGCAAUUAAUUAGAUAAUUAUUAGUAUAAUUGCGCAGACAUCAUUCUCUUUGAUAAGAACAUCUUUUUCCUCUAAUAUAGCUUGUUCCAGGCUCCAAGACAAGAAGUGUUAAUAAACUGUGAAACUGAUGCGGAAAACGCGAGGGGGCUGGGGUGAGAGAAAGCUGUUGCUUCGUGACGUCCCAGCUAUCCGAGGACCUCUAACUCUAUGAAUUAAAACACCAAGUGUCAUUUAUUUAUCUAUCUACUUAAUUACAAUACUUAGUCAUUUAUUCCUAGUGGAUGGAAUUCUAUACAUACGUCGAACAUGGAUCGCGUGUGGAUCUCUUAAAGUGCUUUGGUGAUCAAAAAUGCUAGAAUAGGCCAUUUGUACCAUGAUAUCUUCUUACUACUUAGACCAGAAUUCAUUUCGUUUUUACUUCCAUAUAUAAAUAUUUUUAUCCCAGUGAGGCUUAAAGCAAGCAAAACCCUGAUGACGGAUUUUGGUAGUAGAAGUAAAAUGAUGCCAUUGUACAAAUGGCCCAAUUUGAGGGAGGGGGAGGGGGAGCGAGGAAGGAGGGUAGGGCUGGCGACCUUAACUGAGGAGAGAGCGCUUAUUUUAAGCCUGGCAAGUAUUUCAUUCAACAGAAUUUCGACCUCAAUAAGACACAUAAGGGAUUGCUUGUGUCUCUCAUAAUAUGAUACGUUAUUUAUCACCUUAUAUUUCGCAGCAAACAUUGGAACUCUUGACAGUUUUUCCAUUGUCUUAGGUUUCAAAUAUUUCUCCUAUCAGAUGACUCCAAAAUUCAAAAUGGCCACUGUGUUAUUGUGAAAACGGGACAGUGCCCAUUUUGUACGAACAAUGCGUCUGAUUUUAUCCGUCUGCUCAUGUGUCUUUGAUUUUGACGACAAGAAUCCGUCUCUGGUGAGUAAAAACGGACACUUCACUCAGCGAUAUUUUUCCAAGAGCUCAAAGACUAAUUAAGCCUAUAAGAGAUACAUUUCUACUCUAAAUUAUACUUAUGUGGUUAAUUAGGAAUAAAACGUGCACACAAGCACGUUUUAUGUGACGAUUUUUACUUGUGACAAUUGUAUUUGCUCUUGUAAAUGAGAUCAUGUGCACAAUUUUAUGUGGCACGUUAGUUGUACAGGUCAAGAAACAAGUGCUGCCCAACUGAGGCUGUAUGAACGAGUUGUCAUACACAUGUGAAAAGCUGAUCGUGUACUGCUCAUGACUCGCUGAACGACUGACGGUUGAUAAAUUCUUUGAAACACAUUGUAGGUUUCAGGUCUGUUUCUAUGAGUACAGUGUGCCUCAAUCAUCAUUGACAUUGACAUGCAAAUUUAUCUAUGGCUUUUUUCAACUUUGGCCAAUAUUUGCACACCUGAUAAACUGGAGGUUAUUCCUCUUUUUCCUUCUUUUUAGAUACACUCUGUUUAUUAGUACUCAUCUUAUGUAACAUCAAAUGAAAAGUAAAAGGGGACUCCUCUUCUUUGGUUUCGAAUCAAAAACGUUUUAUCACUACCUUUACUAAAACUAUCGAAAACUCGUACUUUACGCAUGCAACAGUCACAAUAAUACAAUUCAUGCAGCCUUUUCGUCAAGCUAUCAAAUGCAGAACUCGACUUGGACAAAAGAGGAUUUUUUUUGGCAGUGGUGUGGUGCUUCUAUGAAACGACUUCCGGAGAGCCUUUAAGGAAUAAAGUCUCAGACGUUAUUGAAAAUCUUUCUCAAGAGAUGUUUACUUGGUCUAUGGUGAAUACCGUCAUCUCUCCACUCCCCAGGCCGGACACCUUUAGAACCGACACUAAGUUUCCGUCUUAGAUAGAUGUCCGUCUUAGAGAGACAAAUAAAGGGACAGGCAGUGACCAAUUCUAGGUGUCCGUUUUACAGAGGUGUCCGUUUUACAGAGGUGUCCGUCUUAAAGUAGUGUCCGUUAAGAAAGAAUCGACUGUAUUAUAUAAUUUUAUUUCUUCCUUUCAUUAUAACACGUAUAUUUUUGUUACUAACUGUCCUUUCACUUGUAAUUGUUAUAGGCAUUUUCCAGGUUUAUCUUUGUUGUAAGUCCUUUCCAGUAAGUUGAAAUCUGAAAGUCCCUCGAGGAGAUCUCCUUAAUGGUAAUGUGUUAAUUGAUUUCUAUAUUACGCCAAUAAUAUUCUAAGACGUUUUACAAAAGUAGAGAGUAGAAACUGAAAGUUGUUACAACGACCGUAAAUUGUCUAAAUGUAAGAAAAUAUCUAGAUAAUAACUAAACAUUCGUUUAGAAAGUAACUGAUUUUUUUAAACCUACUUAACAAAAAAAGUUAAAUCAAGUAUAUUCUAUAUUUCAGUGAGUAAACGUUUCAUCGUUUAGGGGCCCUACAUUGACGAGGAAAGGCGUCUCUCCUUAAAAAAGUGUGUACAUAGUUGUAUAAACACUCAGUAAUAAGGCUCUCAAUCACUUUUGUUCAUUAAGAUUUAUUCAUUCAUUUAUUUAGCUGCUAACAAUUUCAUCAAUAUUUCGUUUAUCAGCGAAACAGUUCUGAGUCCAUUAAUACUUUUAACGUCUCUCACGGUCACAAUCUAUAUCCACCUGCGAGCAAUUACCACACUUUUUCGAAGAUCAUAGGUGGUGUUCCAAUUGUGGUCUUUCUUCUGGUUACCUGUCGGUUUCAAUUUGUUAAAAGCGAUUUUGGUCAGGAGAUCGGGAGGCCAUUAGAUGAGCUAUCAGACAUUGGAAAACGUAAGUAAAAGAAAUGUUGAACGGAAAUCCGCCAAGAGGUGGCUGGAGGACAUUCGGCUCAACUUUCCAAGCAUACAGUGUAUCUGUAAUUGUGUGAAAGUGAAAUAUUUUGAAGCCAGGAAGAUCAUAGUUUGACAAAACAGCUGACAUUUCACGACGUCACCGCAGGUUUCCCCGCGAAACAAAGUUUGAGAAACGAGCGCACAAAUUCCAUACGGAUGAGGCGACACUAGACUUUCAGCUAGGAAAUCCGAACAGAUAAAAAAUGUUUAGGGGAUAAAAAUAUGCCUAUAUCUACCGUUUAAAUACUAAAAUACGUUAACAACGCUAUUAUGUUUAAGUGGUUUUGAGCUAUAUUCUCGUUGGGUGCCCCUGGUAGUGACACGUAAUCAGUAUGGAAUUACCGCGCUCGUUUCUCAAACGUCAUUUUGCGGGGAAACCAGUGUUGGCAUGGCAAAAUAACGGCUGUUUUCUCACGCCAGGAGGAUCAUUCUUGCUUUUGAAUUUUUUUCCCGUUCUUGGUCGAGAAAAGUACAAACUCACAAAAAUAAAAUAUAAAAACUUUUACAUAGCGACGCAAAUUACAUGAACAUUUCUAUAUAUGCUACAACGGGAGGUCACUAUGAAUACCGUAAAAGCUAUUUAAAAUUGUCCAUCAGAAAACUGAAAUAUGGAAGUGAAAUGGAAGAGCGUUGGACCAAGCGAGAUCGGGAUGAAGAUUUUCAUUGUGGACUGGAAUGUACAUGAGGCGGCUCUCUAGUCUAAGACGUGAAAGCAAAUAGAAUGGCACGAUGAAAGUUCAUUUUCAUUAAGAAGUCAUUGGUAAUAUACAUUAAGGCUGCUGUUUCCAUGCCAUUCCAUUUUUUUUCGGGUGGGGGGUGGGGGUGUGGUAACAAGAUCGCAGAAGCGAAUCAUAUUUCUUUAUAGCAGCGUCUGAAGGCGACACUCUAGUCUAAGAUAUGAAAGCAAAUAGGACAACACGAAGAGAGUCCAUUUUCAUCUAGAUGCUGUUUCCAUGCCAUCUCAUUUUCUUUUUUCCUGUACGUCUCUAAUAGCAUAGCGACCUCCUUCGACCACGCCUUUAAGACUUAGAAGUUAAUUGCCGUCCCACGACGUCCAAUCAUUACUAACAGCACUAGCUAUAUUAAUUUUCCAAUGGUGCAGCAAGGGAGCGUCUGUUAAGUAGUUAUUUUCGUGUUGUUUCUUCUAGACACAUCAAGCACAAGAUCGCAGAAUGUAGAUUCCAAGAAAUGCAAUAACAAAUGCAGUCCAAUAGCAUUAAAUGAAUUCGAUUUUUUACGACGUUUUGAAGCUUAAAAAAGCGAGUUAAUUCAAAAAGUGUUUUGGUCAGCACUGCUAUGUGGGUUAUACUGAAACGUUUUUUUUAAAUCCGGUUUUAAGCUCUCCCUGGAUAUAAGCCCCUCGUUUAUAAGCCCCGGUAAAACCCCUUACCAAGUUGUAUAAGCCCAUGUAUUAAAAGCGGAAGUUUACGGUAUGAUAUUCCGGCUGCGGUCCUGAAAAGGACUGUUUUUGACAGUGACUUUGCAUACGGUAUGGGAGGGAGGAGGGAGUCCACGGUAUCACAGAAGUAGUUUGAUUUGGACCAUAUUAUGCCCAAUUUGGGCGCCCAGCGCCGACAAUUUCGGCACUCCUUGCUUCGUCAAAACGAGUCAACCAAGGGAUAUGAACAAAGAGGCAGCGUGGCUGAGAGGUUUGAGCGCUGAAUUUGUAUUCCGGAUUCCCGGAGUUCAAGUCCACACUUAACCUUAGCUGGAUUUGUUUACGGUAGUCCCGAGUUCAAAAUUAAACCCUCCGCCAUGCUUGUAAAAUAGCCAACUGGUUUACUUCCUAUCAGUUGGGAUUCUUAACCAUCUCACAUUCCGUUUGAAGUAUUUGUUCAUUAUCCCAUUGAAAAGCUCUAUAAGGGAAGAUGAUGACCAUCUCCUGUGUCCCUGAUUAAGCUUGCAAAAGCAAGAACAUUACAAAACGGAGCGUCCCCCUAUGUUAACGUAAUGCUUAUUUUUAAUGUCAACGACCUUUAUUUAAUUUCACGAAAACGUUAAAUAAAUCAAGACAAAAAGAGCCUAAAACAUUGCUAAUAUACUACUAGCGUUGUCCCGUUUUAGUUUCAUCCGCCGCGUUUAAUAACCGGGAAUAAGAAUUUAUGCAAAUGAAUCAAGUGUUCUACGUGAAGGAAGAACUUUCAAUAGAUUUCCAGGGGAAUUUUUUCAAUUGACCUCAAGUUUGAAGAAAUGACCAAAAAGUAUCGAAGAAAACAUCUUUCUCUCAAAGCUCGCUUUGUUUAGAUCCAUUUCUACGCGAUAACAAAACGUUUUUUUUUUUCUGUCACUUUAUAUGGUUUUAGAUACUUUAUUGCAUAUUAUUUGCACAGCGAUCGAAAAAAAUAUAUUAUAAUAAGCGUUAGAGCUAGGUAACGCGAUAAAGAUAAAGGCUGUUAUGCAUGUUCAACCUUUGGCCUCAUGGGCUAUUGACUCACAGUCCAUUCGGGCUCGAGGAAUCAUUGUCUUAGUAAAAUCCAACUAGUUGGUAAAAAAUAUCGAGACAAAACAACAUAAGCUAGCAAAACGCGAUUCAGCCGCUAUUGUUUUGGUUUUCAAAGGGGGCGCUUUUCGCUAGUAGUGGGCUAUAACAUAUAGUCUAGUAGUAACUCAACCAAUUAGAACGCAGCAUUGAUAAUAUACCACUAGUUGGAUUUUACUAAACAAUGUUAUCUUUUUCUCCCGAGAAAAAUGGUUGGUGCAUUUAGAUAGCUAUAAAAGGUUUAAUUUAUAUAGGCUUACAGCUCAGUGACAUAAUAUUGGCUUUUGCACAUCAACUGGUAAAUGCAAGUAACGGUAGUAUAGUUCAAGCAAUUGAAAUUAUGCUUUAAGUUAUGUCCUGACAUGUUUGGGAUGCAAUAUUCUAUCACUUUGUGACUUUUACUGUUGUUACGUUUUAAUUUGUGAAAAUGUAGCAUGUCCAUACAACCAAUACAACGAUGGCUCUUCAAGUUACUGCAAGGCUUGCCCUGCAAACUCAGGACAUAGUAUUAUUGGAAGCACUAGUGUGUCUGAUUGUACGUGUUUCAAAGGAUAUGCUGGGUCUCCACAGCAUGGUCUCUCAUGUACAGGUGAGAAUUUUGUCAACACGCACCAUUUUUUUGUCCCACUAUUUUCAGUAUAUAAAAGUGAUAAGAAAUUCUGAAAUGCUUAAAAUAUUUGAUUAAGAAUUUUUGUCCAGUAGAAGAUGACUUACGAAUAGAUUUAUCAUUGCAUCCUAACCAAAUGUAUAUAUUCACAACUGACAGUUUUGUUUAGAAACUACCCAUUCACGGUAUCAUAACAUAUAAAGAAAGGAAAAUCUGCUUUCAUCUGCUUGUUCGAGGCUUAAAUUCUGAAAGACAUUUUAAGUUGUUAACACACCUCCUCUUUUAAACAAUUAUAUUUCUUGAGGUCAAAAUCUCUGAAUUAAUCAAGAUGAAAGUUGGAUUAGUUGUUGAGUUGACUAGUGGAAAGAUAAUUUUUUUAAUCGGGUUAGCUAAAUGAAUAAAAGAUGGGGCUAAGCUAGCGAAGUCGGAUUUUGAUGUUAGUGAGAGUUCAGUUCAUAAGAGUAGACCAAUGUGAAAUAAUGACGUCAUUCUUCUGUUUUUGUCUCAUAUAGUUAGGUCAUGUGAAAAGUUGGCGCCCCCACAAAACGGCGCUUUUGUUGGUACCUGCAACUCUGUAUAUGAGUCAGUAUGUCGAAUCGAAUGCAAUGAAGGCUAUGAAUUAUUGGGCAGCGAAGAGAGGAAGUGCAUUGUGAGCGAAUAUGGUUUGAUGGACUGGUCAGGAAUUGCCUCCCAAUGCGUCGGUGAGAAAAUUAGACUGCGACUCAUAUUUAAUAAUCAUCGCGACCAUCACAAUACUUUUUUAAGGGUACUGACGCUUUCAAGUAUAUAUAUUCCUUAAAUAUAUUCUCGCAGCACAGGCUAAAAUAAGGGCGAUUUUCGUAUGACCUCAAAAUGAAAACGCUCGAACAAAACAGAAACAAUAAACAAGCGGAAAAAUCAAUCGAUAUUUCGCUUUGACGUCAUACUGCAACGCGAUUGGCCAAUCAAACAAUCCCAUUUCCAUAUUAGGGUUUUCUUUGGCGGGAAAACGGAGAGUCCAUGUUUUGAUCUUUUCAUCCAUUAGCUGAUAAAACAAAUGACGAACACUUACCGAAACCAUUCUUCAAGGUCAUACGAAAAUCGCUCUAAUAACAAAGAACUAUUUGUUAUUGAUCGCAAUGGAUGAGUUAGGCUGGGAGGUAAUUAUAACAGAUAAGAUCAAUUUGUAUUCAUUGCGCUACCUUGUCCUUAUGUUAUGACGCCGACUUGUUUCAUUUUGCAUUCAGAAUUAGGUAAUUUUUUAAACUAAAUUCAUGGAACUAGAUUUUUUGAAAAAAGAAAAAUGUUGGUGCUUAGGACCGCUCAUUUUCAACCUUCAGACUCUUUUAAGCCUGUUAAAGGAUUCCGGCUUCAAAAGACACCUUUUCAAGAUGUGAAAUAAGGAAAUUGUAAACCCUGAAAAGCGGCGCAUAGCCGAAUAGGCCAAAUAAGAGAGUGUCUACCCCCGGGAUAGAAGUAUGGUAUAUGGUUUUUUAAAAAUAAAUAACUGCUAAAUAUGAGCCUUCGCUUUUUCGAUGAUGUCGAAUGUCAAGUAAAAACCGAUGUAUUUUGAAACAAUUUUUUGUUGUAAACGUCAUAAAUGUAGCCUCCUACGCAGGCGUUUUCAGGGGGAGUUCGUGGGGAGGGAUGAAAGACGAACUCCCUUAAAAACGCCUGUGUGGGAGGCUAUCAAUCAAUCAACUUUAUUUAAACACGGUAAAUGGCUCAGCAAGCUGGUUUUCAGACAUGCCGUGUGAUAAUUACAAUUUAUAAAAAUUAAGACUAGUGAUUAACUAACAAUACAAUAUAACAGCAAGAAAUGAGUAUUAAAGAAAUAAGAUAAAAACAUAAAUACAGAGACUCCUGCCUCGUUCCCAGUGUCGCUCGCCUGUUGUUUCUCGCUGCUUCCCACUUAGCCUUGGGAAGCCUGUGGAGAUGACAGCAGAGACUCAAUAUCUUAAUAUUUUUUUUAGCCAUUAGAUGUCCUUUCCUGUUCGUACCAAACGCCUUCCCACCUACGUGCUCAAGUUUUCUCCCAUCACCCGGAACUUAUUGCUCCUUCCGAUGCAAAGAUGGGUUCUAUAUGAAAGGCUCCGAGGUGCGCGUCUGUCAGCAGGACAAGUCGUGGACUGGGAGUCAAACAACUUGUGAACAGAAAGGUUUUUACACAAAUCACAGAGCUCGAAAAAAGUCUCUUCCGGUAGUCCGCGACUAG